AUGGAAGAAGAAGAUUCAAACCCUUUGUACUCUGUUCCAGACAGAAAACCUGUUUUUCGUUGGGACCGACAUCUGCAAUCAGCCCUCCAUAGGGGAGAGAUUGAUUAUCUAUUCAAGAACUGGGACAACCAUGCCGGAUUGAAGAAAGAGCAUAUCUCACUCAAGCGAGACACAGAAGAUGUUAUAUUUCUACAUUCAGACCAGUAUAUACAUUGGGCCUUCCUUCAUGUAAGCAAUACAUCCACCAGUGCUAUGAAGGGGGGUACUGGGGGGAGAAGACAAACAAGCCAUGGAUAA